CGCUGAUUUGCAGCAUCCAUGGAACCCACCCUUGGUUCUCUGCUAGUCUGAUUCUUGAUAGCCAGACGCAAGGGUCCUCGGUGAAGCCCAGCAUGACAACCUUCACAUGAUAAGCCUGGCUGGCAGGGAUGAUAACAGGACGGAAGAUGACAGAUUAUAUAUUUGCACCCCGUUGUCCGUCGCACACAAAAACCAGCUAAUCACAAUCUUCUCCAUACCAGACAUACUUUUAACCCCAACAUGGGCUCCAUCGAUCCAGUCCCAGAAUCAAACCCAGUGUUCGAAAAAUAUGGCUUAUCCAGCCACCUCCGUCUCGGAAGCAACACUCCUGGCCCUCAUCCAUCGUCUCAAACCCGACCAGUCCAUCAUCCAGAAUGGGACAAGGCAUCCGAUCGUGGAUAUGUUGUCUCUGACCAUCUCAUCAAUGAGCCACCACCGGAUAAGCCUUUCAAAAUCGUCAUGUUGGGAGCUGGAGCAGCCGGGAUCGACUUCCUCCACUACGCUCCGUCCGCCUUUGCAGGGCUGGACGUAGAAAUCGCCUGCUACGAGAAAAAUGCAGAUAUAGGCGGUACAUGGUACGAGAAUCGCUAUCCAGGAUGUGCAUGCGAUGUGCCGAGUAUUGCUUAUUCGUUUCCGUGGCGCGCGAAUCCGAAUUGGUCGAGCUUUUAUUCCAGCGCAAAGGAGAUUUGGGAAUACUUAAAGCAGAUUGUCGUCGAGGAGGACAUGUUGAAGUACAUCCAACUCAACACUCGUGUAGUGUCGGCGAUAUGGAAUGAGGCAAAAAGCAAGUGGGUGGUAAGGUUGCAACGGGACACGACUGAGUGGGAGGAUGAGUGUGAUUUGUUCCUCAACGGAUCUGGAUUCCUCAAUUCAUGGAAAUGGCCGGAUACUCCGGGUUUGCACUCGUUCAAAGGGGAUCUGUUCCACACCGCGGCUUAUCCGGAGGAAUUCGACCUCAAAAACAAGAGGGUAGCAGUGAUUGGGUCCGGCAGUUCAGGUAUCCAACUCGCUGCCUCUAUUCAUAACGAGGUGUCGCACUUGUAUACCUGGGUGCGCAGCCCAAUCUGGAUUACCUCUGCUUUCGCACAGCGCUUCUCUGGGAAGGACGGGCAGAACUUUGACUACACCCCCGAGCAGAAGAUUGAUUUCGACCAUGAUCGCGAAAAGUACCAUCGGUACAAAAAGUCCAUUGAGCACGAGUUGAAUCAGCGGUUCAAGCUUGCACUCCGCAACACGGCGGAAUCCGAUGAAGCCAAUGCUUCCUCAUACAAGAAUAUGUGCGACAAGCUCGCAUCAAAACCAGACGUUAGGGAUGCGAUCAUUCCAAAGAACUUCAAUGUCGCCUGUCGGCGCCCAACCCCGGGCAACGGCUACCUUAGGACCCUGGCCUCUGAUAAAACCACCGUGUUCACUGAGCGGAUCCAGGCCAUCACACCUGCAGGCGUGAUUGACUCUGCAACUGGGAUCGAGCAUCCGGUGGACGUCAUCAUCUGUGCCACAGGGUUCGAUACAUCGUACCGACCGCGUUUUCCCAUUAUCGGCCUAAAUGGUACGAAUCUGUCCGACAAGUGGGCAACCCUCCCCACCAGCUACUUGGCCAUUGGGGUCGACGAGUUUCCAAAUUAUUUCACCUACUCAGGCCCCUAUGCCCCGACUGGCCACGGGUCCAUCCUACCUAUUAUCUCCCACUUGACGCACCACUUCAUCCAAAUCGUCAAACGCAUGCGUAAGGAACAUAUCCGACGACUGAGUCCAAAGUCAUCCGCUGUGCGAGACUUCGUCGAGCAUGCUCACACAUUUCUCCCGCGAACCUGUUGGUCAGAUCCGUGCUCCAGCUGGUUCAAACAGGGCCGGACCGACGGCCCAGUCGUCAUCUGGCCAGGGUCUCGACUGUCAUUCUUCGAGGCACUGAGGACGCCUACACUGAGUGACUAUGAUAUUGAGUACUGGAGUGGGAAUCGGUUUGGGUAUCUGGGGUCGGGCUUCCUUGAUGCCGAAUUCACUGGUGGCAACGUUACCUGGUACCUGGACCAGUACUCGGAUAACGAGGCAUGGAUGAAGCAUGGAGUUCGGUACGAUACGGAAAGGAAUGAGUUUGCCUACGUGAGUGAACAAGCACUUCGUAAGUGACACAGCUAUUGCGUCUCGGAUCCAAACACAUACUAUCCAAUAACAGACAAGCAAUCAGACUAUCAAUUCAGCUCUUCAACUCAUGCACCAGGAUAUGGAUCUCUUCCCCGGGCGGGCGAAUCCCAGCCAGGACCAAGACCCAGAAACCAUCUGAUUCCCU